CAGCAACGUCGGCAGCAGCUGCCCAGGGCCCCUCGAGGAUGUCUAGCCGGAAGUCGCCAGGAGGAGCUGGAGCUGGAGGAGCAGACGAAGCAGCCACAGGAGCAGCUGCCCCCCUGGACGACAAUGCCAAUGCCAGCGUGGAGAUUCCGGCCAGCAGCGAGGAGCCAACAAUGGGCGCCGGCGAAGAGCUGGUCAUUAUUAUCAAAACAACAACUCCAACGCCGCCAGUGGAGGCGGCGGAGGACCAACGGGCCACAGCUGCAGCAGAGGUGGAAGGGGGAAAGGAGGAGGAUGUCACCAAGGAACCCCAUCCAGCACCCAAGACGCCUAGAUCCACGCCAACGCUCACGCCGGCCGUCACGCCCAGCGCCAGUGACGGAGUGGCGGCAAAGAACGUGAGGGUUACCCGGCACUCGUCGCCACUGCUCCUACUCAGCUCGCCCACGACCAGCAGGCGUGAGGUCGGCGACGGAGCAUUAGACAACGCGGAAGAGCCAACGGGAUCAGGCUGCCAAAGGAAGAGCUCUGUGGAGCGAUCCAUGGCGCCCGUCAUACGCGGACGCAAGUCCAUCAAGGAUCUGAAAGAAGCCAAAGAAGUCAAGUCCGAGGAGCUACCUAGAGCAGGGUCAGCAGAUGCAGGAGCACCUGGGCAGGUCAAGGAGGAGCAAGCCAGCGAAAGUAACGAACUGGAAUCAUCCCUACUUGCCACGGACACAAAAGACCAUAAAGACAUAAAAGACAAGGAGGAUGAGCGGGAAAGCUAUAGGAUAAAGGAUCUUCCCGAGGAUGGAGAAAAAGAAAAAGCUGGUGAGAAAGGAAUAAUUGCUGAGAAAGAACUAUCUGCAGAGAAAGAAAAAGAUACGGAGAAAGUCAAAGACACCGAUUCAAAUAAAAAGGAAUCUGAAAAAGAGAGAGAGAAGGCCAAGGAGACAGUGGUGCCAAUCGCGCCAGUAACACCCACUUGCAACCGCGUCACCCGUAAAUCACAUGCCCAGGAGCAGGUGAUCAACACGCGGGUCACACGCAACCGUCGUCAAUCCUCGACCGUGGCAGCCACCUCAUCCGCCUCCUUGACAGCCACAUCCCCUGCAGUCACAGAGCAACCGCUUCCUUCCCGGGGUCGACGGAAGAAGCCAGCGCCGGUGGCACCUCCCAUAGAGCCUGCGGUAAAACGGAAGCGGUCCCAAGAUGCUGAGGCCGCCGAUCCGGAAGCCUCCAGCAGCGCGAAAUAUAGUAAGGUCGAGGUGGUAAAAGCGGAGGAGGUGGAGGCACCAGACGAGGAUAUAACUAUCAAGCAGGAACCCAUGGAUGCCAGCGAGGUCAGCUCAAUUUCUCCAUCAGUCACGCCUACGCCUACACCCACACCAACGCCUGCUCCAAUCUCGGGCGGCCGUCGGGGACGUGGACGCCCGCAGAACAGAAACUCUUCCUCGCCGGCGGCCACCACGCGAGCCACGCGACUGAGCAAGGCAGGAUCACCGGGAAUCCUGACACCAGUGGCCCAGGAACCAGCCCCACCGAAGCGGCGGCGAGUGGGCUCCAGCACACGGAAGACUGCCUCGGCCAGCUCGCUGGCACCCAGCUCGCAGGGCGGCGCCGGGGACGAGGACUCCAAGGAUAGCAUGGCCUCGUCCAUGGACGAGCUGCUGCUGGCCGCUGUGGACAUCAAGCAGGAGAAGCUGACGCCAGACUUCGACGAUAGUCUGCUUCUGCCGGAAAGCCUGCCGUCCACUUCUGGUGCCUCAAGUGCCAAUGGACAUUCCUGCAUCAUUGAACCACUCACUGUGGACACUGAGCGCAUCAGCAAGCCGCCUGCUGAUCCUGCUGUUAAACCUAAAGGGUCGCCGACAGCAGCAGCAGCCGAGGAAUCCCCCUCGCAAUCGGGAACUCAAUCUGCUACCCCUGUGAGUGCAAGUGCGGCGGGAAAGGCUCAAUCGCUAAGCCCAGAAAUGAUCAGCGAGGGCGUGAGUGCGGUCAGUGUUCGGAAGUUCUACAAGAAGCCCGAGUUCCUGGAAAACAACUUGGGCAUAGAGAAAGAUCCGGAACUGGGCGAGAUAGUCCAGACUGUGAGCAACAACGACACGGAAGCCGAUGUGGAGAUGUCUGUUGAUAAUGAGAUUAACCGGGCUGAAUCUCCCAAGCCGCAGACCGAGGAGCAUCAUAAAACGGAAGAGGAGCAUGAGAUAGCUUCAGAAUUGGAGGCAGGAGAGGGAGCGACGGAAUCUGUUGUCACACCAGAGCCUACAGCUGAAGUUCUUUCUGAAAUUCUGGCUGCCGAUCCUGUGGAAAUUCCUUCUGAAAUUACAGUCGAAAUUAUAGCCGAAGCAGAGGAAGAGACCUGCUCCAAUAGCUCUAUAAAAGCAGGUGAGCUACGCCUGGACGAGAGCAACGAUGAACCUGAGCUGCUGCUGGAGGAUGGUCUCAUAGUCAAUGGCGAUGAGACACCAGAUCAGCCGGAGGAAAAGAUUAAGCCAGAGGAUCAUGUGCGGUUCUUCCACUCGGAUGACUAUGAUGACUUCGAGCACGAGAUUAUGGAGGAGCUGACCAAGGAGGGUGUGCUAGAUGCUAGCGGCAAUGCGCUAAGCCAGCAAAAGGUUGAUAUCGAGCAACCCGAGGAUGUUUCACAAGCCGUAUCAAAGGCCCAAGAGGAGGAGGAAACGGCGCAAUGUGAGCCCUUUAAGGAACCUUCACCCGCGGACGAAAUGGAAGUCGACGAAUCCUAUAUCGACAUUAAGGAGCAAACGGAUCAGCUGUUGGCCGAACACCACCUGGCAGAAGAUGCCGCCGCGGAUACGGAGUGCGGUCCCGAGGACAACAAAGAAAACCUUUCUACGUCUGCGGCCAGCACUCCUGCCGAGGGUCUGGACAUUCAGUUGACCCUUAAGGAGGAUGACGACGAGGAGAAGCCGCUGGCAGUGAUUGCGGCAGAACAGAAGCCCGAGCUGCUGCUCAAGGAGCACGUACAGGUCAAGGAGAUGGAUGUGGAGGGAGAUGAGAAACCGAACGGCAAGCAGGAAUCGCCGUUUGGCGACGAACACCUGCAGCUGCUGCGACAGGAGCAGGAAAUCCACCUGCAGAACCUUGGUCUACUCACGCAUCAGGCCGCCGAUCAGAGGCGAAAGUCUUUGCUGGAGGCCCAGGCUCGCCAGGCGCAACUGCAGCUGCAGCAGCAACAUCAUAACCACAGCCAGCACAAGCGACAGGGAGCACGAGGCGGAGGCAGUGCCACCCAUGUGGAAUCCAGCGGUACUCUAAAGACAGUCAUCAAGCUGAACAGAAGCAGCAACGGAGGCAUGGGCGGCAGUGGAGGCCUGCCCACGGGUACAGUUAUCCAUGGCGGCAGCGGCUCCUCUUCCGCCUCCUCCACGUCCUCCUCAUCGGUGGGCAGUGCCACACGCAAAUCAAGCGGUGCCUUGGGCUCGGGAUCGGGAACAGGUUCUGGAGUCCGCCGGCAAUCGCUCAAGAUGACAUUCCAGAAGGGCCGGGCUCGUGGUCACGGGGCUGCGGACCGAUCCGCCGAUCAGUAUGGCACCCACGCCGAGGACUCCUACUACACAAUUCAAAACGAGAACGAAGGUGCGAGAAAGUUUAUCGUAACCACUGGUAAUCCCGGCCGCAAGACCAAUAACCGUUUCAGCUCGACUAACAACCACUCCUCGGUAGCCUUGCACGGUAGCCACUCUGCGGUCCAGUACAAUUCAUCACACUCGGAGAGUCAAGGACAGGCAGAGCACGGUUUCUACCAGACUGUGAAGAAGGACGAAAAGGAGAAGAUCCUCAUUCCGGAGAAGGCCUCCUCGUUCAAGUUUCACCCGGGAAGGCUGUGCGAAGACCAGUGCUAUUACUGCAGCGGCAAGUUUGGACUCUAUGACACCCCCUGCCACGUGGGCCAGAUCAAGUCCGUGGAGCGCCAGCAAAAGAUCUUAGCCAACGAAGAGAAGCUAACAGUGGAUAACUGCUUGUGCGACGCCUGUUUCAGACACGUGGAUCGCCGAGCGAACGCCCCAUCCUACAAGAAGCGUCUCUCUGCGCCAGGUCAUUUGGAAACGGGCGUGGGUAGCUCAGCGGCGGCCGCUGCUCUAGAGAAGCACUUUGCCGGCGACAGUGGUGGCGUUAUUCCGGAGGUGGGAGGAGCGGAAGCGGGCUCGGCGGCGGCAUCGGGAUCCGGCGUGCAGCAUCGCUCCUGCGCCGUGAAGGACUGCAUUGAGGGAGCAGGACACUCGCUGCGGCGCAAGUGCAUUCGCAAGAGCGUGAAGAAGUUCCAGCUCAACCUAGAGAUUCCUGCCGGCUCCUCGAUCGUGUGGCUUUGCGAAGCGCAUUACAACACAGUCAUCCAAUUCUCGGGCUGCGUUCUCUGUAAACGUCGAUUGGGCAAGAACCAUAUGUACAACAUAACCACGCAGGACACGGAUCGGCUGGAAAAGGCGCUGUCCGAAAUGGGCAUACCAGUUCAGCUGGGCAUGGGCACUGCCGUUUGCAAGCUAUGCCGCUACUUUGCCAACCUGUUGAUGAAGCCCCCGGAUAGCACCAAGUCCCAGAAGGCAGAGUUUGUCAAGAACUACAGAAAGAGGCUCCUCAAGGUGCAUAAUCUGCAGGAUGGCAGCCACGAGGUAUCAGAGGCAGAUGAGGAAGAGGCACCCACUGCGACGGAAACAGAGAGGGAGAGGGCCACGGCAGAUUGCCACGAGGAUGCAGAAAUGCCGAUGGUUGUGGACUAUGAUGGACCCACCGACUCCAACUCGAGUACUUCGUCGAACGCAGCCCUGGAAACCAGCAAGCAAAUGUCCAAGCUUCAGGCCAUUCUGCAGCAGAAUCUAGGAGCAGAUGCUGCAGGUGGAGCGGCGGGUACAGGAGUUGGUGGAGCGGGAUCCGCAGGAGCGGGUGCCGGAGGAGGGGCAGACAUCUCGAACGUGCUGCGUGGAAAUCCGAACAUUUCGAUGCGAGAACUAUUCCACGGCGAGGAGGAGCUAGGCGUGCAGUUUAAGGUUCCCUUUGGAUGCAGCAGCAGCCAGCGGACGCCGGAGGGCUGGACACGGGUUCAGACGUUCCUGCAGUACGACGAGCCGACGCGUCGCCUCUGGGAGGAGUUGCAGAAGCCAUACGGUAACCAAAGCUCCUUCCUGCGCCACUUGAUCCUGCUGGAGAAAUACUAUCGCAACGGGGAUCUUGUCCUGGCCCCGCAUGCCUCAUCCAAUGCCACGGUAUACACGGAGACUGUUCGCCAGAGGCUAAGCUCCUUCGAUCACGGCCACUGCGGAGGACUGGGGGGCAGCACAACAGGAGGCAGCCCUUCUUCCGCAGGCUCCAGCAAGCGCAGCGGAAUUCCCCAGCACGCGGGCGCCAGUGUGCUGGCCACCGCUCUCACAACGCCCGCUACUAGCCACUCGUCCUCCCUAGCCGCAACCGCAGCCAGUUCAGCGGAACAGCAUGCCUCAGUGGAUCCAGUCAUCCCGCUGGUCGAGCUCAACGACGAUGACGAAGGCGAGGAUGCGAUUGGAGGAGGAGCGGCUGAUGGAGAGCCUUCGGAUGCCAGGCAAUCAGAAUCACCCUUGGAACGCUUUAGCGUCGUCUCUGUCGACAAGCUUACCAAGCAGCUCAGUUCGAAUGCAGUGACGAUCAUAGCCCGGCCCAAGGACAAAUCGCAGCUUUGCUCCAACAGCGGAUCCUCAACGUCAAGUUCCAGCUGCUCCUCGUCUGCUGUUUCUUCCCCAGAGGAGGUGGUGGCUGUCACCAAGGUCUCAGCAGUCGCAUCCGCUUCCGCCCAGUCGAAGGAUGCACCGCCAUUGGUGCCCGCCGGUGUUGGUGGAAACAGCCGAAGCAUUCUGAAGACCAAUCUCCUGGGCAUUAACAAAGCCGCCGUGGAGAUUGUGCCGCUGACGCCCGCCUCACACACAUCCACCUCCACAGCCACUGCUGCAUCUAAAAAUUUCCUUACGUCCAUCGCUUCGCUGGCCAACAAGUCAACAGCGGCAAGCCAUGUGCCCGAGAAGCAGCAAAAGAUCCUUGACGUGGCCGUGGCCAACAAGCUGCUUAGCAGCCAGAACGAAUCGGUUUCCGCCGCUAUGCUUAGUUUGCAGUUCAAGCUGAAGCCUCCAAUGCACCAGCAGCAGCAGCACGGCGGAACAAGCGGUCCUCUGAAGCAGCCUCCUAGUGUGGCCCAAUUGCUGAGCUCUCCACCAGAACUAAUCAGUCUGCAUCGCCGGCGGACGAGCGGAGCGGGAGCAGGAGCGGCAGCGGGCAACAGUCUGCUUGGCAAUCUGCCCGCCAAGAGGGUGCCACUUUCACGAUCUGGAGCAGGCCCAUCGGCAGGAGCUGGAACGGGAACUGGAGCCGCAGGAGGAAGCCGGGGAGCGGGUGGACCACCUCCGCCCAAUGUGGUCAUACUGCCAGACACCCUAACCGCCCAGGAGCGGCACGAGAGCAAGAGUUGGAAGCCCACUCUAAUACCGCUUGAGGAUCAGCACAAGGUGCCGAAUAAGUCGCAUGCUUUGUAUCAGACCGCCGACGGUCGUCGACUGCCCGCUCUGGUGCAGGUGCAGUCCGGUGGCAAGCCAUACCUCAUCUCCAUCUUCGACUACAACCGCAUGUGCAUUCUGCGCCGGGAGAAGCUGCUGCGCGACCAGAUGCUCAAGGCCAACGCCAAGCAGAAGCCGCAGAAUCACCAGCAGCAGCAACAGGGUCAGACGCAUCAGCAACAGCAGAACUCUGCUGCCUCGGCGGCUGCCUUCUCCAGCAUGGUGAAGCUGGCCCAACAGCACACGGCGCGUCAGCAGCUUCAGCAGCUGCAGCAGAAGCAGCAACAACAGCAGCAACAGCAGCAGCUGCCUACUUUGCAGCAGGGUGGAGGAGGAGGUGCGGCGGGAGCAGCGGGUGUCAGACGUUUGGCGCCCAAACCGAUGCCACCGCUGACCAAUCCGCAGAUUGGCAGCCAGGCACCAAACUUCCAGCCGUUGCUGCCCAGUCCGCUGGACAACAGCAACAGUUCCUGGCUGUGGAAGAACUUCCCCGAUCCCAAUCAGUACCUGAUCAAUGGGAACGGAGGUGGAGGAGGUGCCGGCAAUUCCGCCGCCAGCAAGUUGCCACAUCUCACGGCCAAACCAGCCACGGCAACGAGUAGCGGCGGUGGAGCUACCAACAAAUCCACAGGGGGUGGCCUGUUUACCCUCAAGCAGCAGCAACAGCAGCAGCACCAGCAGAAGCUCAUAGAAAACGCCAUCAUGUCGAAAAUACCCAAGAGUCUGACGGUAAUCCCGCAGCAGAUGGGCGGCGGCAACGCCUCUGGUGGCGACAUUAUGGGGGGUAGCAGCUCCCCGGCAAGGACUGAUGACGGCGAAUGCGGCCGCCAUGGGCAGGAGGAGCGGCAGCAGCAUCUUCAUCAACAUCAUCAUCACCGGUGGGCACCAGGCGGAGCAGCAGGAUCAACAAGCAGCAGGCGGCCAGCAGCUUAAGCGGCGAGCUUCAGAGCAGGAGGUGACCGGCGGCGGCUCCAUGGAUAUCACAAACUCCAAAAUUCCAUGGCUGCAAGUAGUAUAAGUGAUAAACUAAAUAACACUAUGGACGUACAGACAUAAAAACGGAUAAGAAAUCAAGAUAAUUGUAAGAUUACAUAACGUUGAUUGUGUAUAAAACGAGAUACGGUUACGAAAACGAUUAUUAUAUAAGCAAACCCACUAGUUAGGCACUUGGCCGAUGCCACAGAUGCAGGAGAUGAUGAUAGAACAUAUGAAGAUGAAGAUGGAAGAUGCCGAUGCGAAAGCGAAUGAAGAAGCGGAUAUGGAUAGUUAGAGAUAGCGAUACACUUUACUCUAAACUAUGCUACUCUAUUAUUGUAGACUUAUACUAUAUUUUUUUAAAUAGAAUUACGGGCAUAUUAACUUGCGAUUCGUGUAUUAUAGAUACCAAAAUUGCUAGAGCUAAACGGUUUAUAGAUUUGUAAGCAACCCCAAAACACACACAAACACACACAUACACACACACACCUACUGCUACACUAACUGUCUCCCACACACACACACACUUAAUUUAAGAGAAAAUGCAGCACAAAAACAAAUUGUGUACAAGAAGGUAUGCCAACUUUGGGCUACUGGUGAUCCCAGGACCGGAAACGGGGAACAGGAUCCCAGAGCCCUAGUUAUUUUUUGCAUGAAUCCCAACUGUUUAUCCCAGGAACAUUUUCAGACCACUAUACACACAAACUAGCAGCUAGCAAUCCAAUACCGCACAUAGAAUACCAUUCGCUUGUACGUAGAAUCUUAAUUUAUAACCAUUUUGUAUUUCCAUUUAUACAUCUACCACCCAUUACUCACCACAAAACCCGCUUACACACAGAUACAGAUCAGAUUAUUAUAUAGACCUAACAUUAGCUCUUAAAAUGUACAUAUUUUUCAUUGAAACAACAUAAAUACAAAAACUACAAACUACAAACUAAACUGCUAAUUCAACCAAGUAAUCCAAAAUCGAAAGCAAAUGCAAGUGUGAACCACAAAACAAUCAAA